AUGUCCGACACCCCUGUCGACGGGGAGAGUCCCCGGAACUCGCUACCUUUGCGUCGAGAGCGAGCUCCUACUAUUACGAUUGACACAUCUGCAGUCAGUCCGAUAUCGCCAACCGCAGACUCCCAGCAACAAAAUAAUAAUUCUCCGCAUCAGCCUGCUGCUCCAAAUCCGGCCCCCGAGAACACGGAUACAACGUACGCGAGCAUGUCACCUACCGAUGCUCGCUCUAACAACUCGCUGGAUUGGGCCCGGGAGAGCAGGCCUACCUCGCCUCAUAAUAUCUCGUCGCCGACAUCCAAAAUGACCGAGACACACACCAAUUUUCUGGAAGUCCCGGGAACCAGGUCUCGAGGGAACUCGUUGGAAUCAGAAAGCAAUGGGAGCAACGCCGGUUCUUUCGGCGGCGACACCUAUGUUCAAUCCAGCCCUUCUCGCGAAGAUCGCGUGUCGCAAGAGUCGACCCGAGGAGAACAUGCUAUUUUGAACGAUGAAGAGGCUCUACGGCCUGACCCCGGCACCGAAGACGAUUUCGAAGUGGAGGACAACAAGUUCGCCUUUUCUCCAGGUCAACUGAAGAAAUUCCUGAACCCAAAGAAUCUUGGUGCUCUUCAUGCCGUAGGCGGAAUGGCCGGCCUUGAGAAGGGAUUACGAACAGACCGAAAUUCUGGUCUUAGUCUUGACGAGGCAUACCUGGAAGGGACUGUGACUUUUGAUGAAGCUGUCAAUACGAGCCAGGACAGUGAACCGCCAAAAGCUGUCUUUGGAGCUGAGCUGUUACAAAGACAGUUGACUCAAAAGACUCUAUCUGGGGAUACAUAUGUUGAUCGCCGGCGAAUUUUCGGCACUAACCAAUUGCCAGAAAAGAAGAUCAAGACUAUCUGGGAGCUGGCAUGGAUUGCGUACAAUGACAAGGUUUUGAUUCUGCUUUCAGUUGCGGCAGUUAUCUCCCUCGCCCUUGGUAUCUACCAAUCUGUUACCGCCACAGAUGGAGAAGCCAGAGUACAAUGGGUCGAAGGAGUGGCCAUUAUGGUUGCUAUCCUCAUCGUGGUUGCAGUGGGCGCUGUCAAUGACUAUCAAAAAGAACGGCAAUUUGUCAAGCUCAACAAGAAGAAGGAAGAUCGACAGGUCAAAGUUAUACGGUCUGGAAAAACAGCCGAGAUUUCAGUUCACGAUAUCCUAGUUGGCGAUGUGAUGCUCCUUGAACCCGGUGACUUAGUACCGGUUGAUGGUGUCUUGAUCGAGGGACACGAUGUGAAGGCUGAUGAAUCUUCUACUACGGGUGAAUCGGAUAUGCUACGGAAACAGGCUGCCGACGAAGUAUACCGCGCCAUUCAGAAAAAUGAAAGCCUCCAUAAGCUUGAUCCGUUCAUUUUGUCUGGGUCUAAGAUUUCGGAAGGAAUUGGUAAAUUUUUGGUCACCGCCGUCGGAGUCCACUCUGUUUAUGGAAAAACAAUGCUCUCUCUACAGGACGAAGGCCAGACGACACCGCUUCAAUCGAAACUGAACGUGCUUGCGGAAUACAUAGCAAAGCUGGGUCUUGCAUCAGGCCUCUUGCUGUUCAUCGUUCUGUUCAUCAAAUUCUGCGUCCAACUGGGCCAAUAUGCUUCGCCAGGAGACAAGGGACAGGCCUUUUUGCAGAUCUUCAUCGUUGCUGUGACUGUCGUCGUCGUUGCUGUUCCUGAAGGACUACCUCUAGCCGUUACUCUCGCUCUGGCCUUUGCAACAACUAGGAUGCUCAAGGACAACAACUUGGUUAGGCUGUUGCGAGCUUGCGAAACUAUGGGCAAUGCAACAACGAUCUGUUCGGACAAGACUGGCACCCUGACACAAAAUGUGAUGAAAAUUGUCGCUGGAACUUUAGGCACUUCGAGCCGCUUUGCAGAGAAGCAGUCAGAGGAGCCGUCUAAAUUUACCGACCGUGUCAAUCGAAAUUCGGAUGAACUCGCUCCAGCAGCCUUCUUAUCAAAAACAUCACCUGACGUCAAAGAACUCUUGCUUCAAUCCAUCGCCCUCAACUCGACAGCUUUCGAAGCAUCGGAAGACGGCAAGACUAUCUUUGUCGGUUCCAAGACCGAGACGGCUCUGUUGACUUUUGCGCGGGAGUAUAUGGGCCUUGGAAACGUUAGCGAGGAGCGCGCUAACGCCAACAUCGUUCAAAUCGUUCCGUUUGAUUCUGCUCGCAAAUGUAUGGCUGUCAUCGUCAAGCUCAAAGAGAACCAGUACCGCAUGCUAGUAAAAGGUGCCUCUGAAAUCCUCAUCUCCAAGUCGACACAGGUGAUUAGCAACCCUGAGACUGGCUUGAAUGUUGUGCCUCUUGUUGAAAAGAACCGGACUACCAUGGAAAACGUGGCCACUUCAUAUGCAUCUCGAUCUCUGCGAGCUAUCAGUUUGCUCUACCGUGAUUUCGAGCAAUGGCCUCCUCGGGGAGCUCUUACCCAAGAACAGGAUCGGAAAUUAGUCAAUUUUGACUCUAUCUUUGCGGACAUGACUCUGAUUGGAGUCGUCGGCAUCCAAGAUCCUCUGCGACCGGGCGUCACUGAGUCUGUCUUCCAAUGCCAACGUGCAGGUGUUUUUGUACGAAUGGUGACUGGAGACAAUGUCAAUACGGCUAAAGCUAUUGCUCAAGAGUGUGGCAUUUACACACCAGGUGGUGUUGCUAUGGAAGGGCCCGAGUUCCGGAAAUUAAGCUCUAAACAAAUGAAUCAGAUCAUUCCCCGACUGCAGGUUCUGGCACGGUCUAGCCCGGAGGAUAAGAAGAUCCUCGUCUCCGCACUCAACAAGUUGGGGGAGACAACCGCUGUUACAGGUGAUGGAAGCAACGAUGCCGCGGCUCUCAAAACCGCGGACGUGGGUUUCUCAAUGGGUGUGGCAGGUACUGAGGUUGCCAAGGAAGCCUCCGACAUCAUUUUGAUGGACGACAACUUUACAUCUAUCGUGAAGGCCAUUUCUUGGGGCCGUACUGUCAACGAUGCCGUCAAAAAGUUUCUUCAAUUUCAAAUUACUGUUAACAUUACGGCCGUCAUCCUGACAUUUGUCUCGGCGGUUGCCAGUGGCAGUGAAUCCUCUGUUCUGUCAGCAGUGCAAUUGUUGUGGGUUAAUCUCAUCAUGGACACAUUCGCUGCUCUUGCACUUGCUACCGAUCCUCCAGCUGCUUCCGUACUCGAUCGUCGCCCAGACCCCAAGUCGGCGCCGCUAAUAACUUUGACUAUGUGGAAAAUGAUUAUUGGACAGGCGAUCUACCAGCUGGUCAUCACCUUUAUUUUGAAUUUUGCUGGAAUGAGCAUUUUCUCCGGCACAAGCGUUUUUGGAAACUCUGGCCACGAACAUGAGCAGUUGAGAACGGUUGUUUUCAACUCGUUCGUAUGGAUGCAGAUCUUCAACCAGUACAACUGCCGUCGCCUUGAUAAUCACUUCAACAUUUUCGAGGGCAUGUUCCGUAAUUAUUGGUUCCUCGCUAUACAGCUCAUUAUCGUCGGCGGACAAGUUCUUAUCAUCUUUGUGGGUGGUCAAGCAUUCUCUAUUGUACGUUUGAAUGGACCUCAGUGGGCGGUCUCUCUUAUCCUUGGAGCUAUUUCAAUCCCAGUUGCAGUGAUUAUCCGUCUGAUUCCAGACGAAUUCGUCCGGCGUUUGAUUCCAACUUUCUGGAAGCGAAAGAGACAAGGAGGCCCUCGCGUUCUCGUAUCAGAUGAAGAGAGAAGUUACGAGUGGAACCCGGGUCUGGAAGAGAUCCGUGAUCAGCUAGCUUUCCUCAAAACUGUCCGUGGGGGGCGCUUGAAACAUAUCCGACAACGCUUGCAACAUCCUGAAAGUCUCUUCCCCGGAUCUCGAAGUGGCUCACGCUCUCGUGACGAGUCUACGCCCUCGACUCCCAACGGCGAGCAAGAUUCUGGCUCACCUCCUCCUGCGACGCCAGAGUCGCGGUCCCGAAACCGUACCCGAUCACGGUCCAACUCUGCGUUUGGACCGGCGGCGGCGAUGGCGGGCAUUAUCGCGGGAAGUGUUGCUGGCUGGUCCCCCAUUGAGCGUCCCAACGAAGAUCAAGGAUCGUGGAACCUGUCGGACACCGGUCACUCGGGCCUGGACCGACAGCACGGAUUGGACAUCCACCCCGACACACGGCAAGACGAUCCUAUCAUUAUCAACAACUACGAUUUGUCUUCGACGACACCACCUAGUCAGAACCCCGAUUUGGCUCCGGUUUUCGAGCAUGCACCGCCCGACCGCACCCCAAGUCGUGGCCGACGAUCCACCUCUCGACGCUCACGUUCGAAUACUUCGACGACGUUUAAUAGUCGACGAUCUACAUCUCAGGCGUAA